UCCGCCGCGUUGCCCUAGCAACCAGGCCAUAGGGACGCGGCGGCCGGGCCUCCGAGCCUCUGGCUGCAAGCCCGGGGCUCCUCGCCGGCCUUGCUCGCUUCCGGCACCAUGUCGGUGCGGACGCUACCGCUGCUCUUCUUGAACUUGGGCGGGGAGAUGCUUUACAUCCUGGAUCAGCGGCUGCGAGCCCAGAACGUCCCGGGAGACAAGGCCCGCAAAGUUCUGAAUGACAUCAUCUCAACUAUGUUCAAUCGAAAGUUUAUGGAGGAAUUGUUCAAACCCCAAGAGCUCUACUCCAAGAAGGCACUGAGGACUGUCUACGACCGCCUGGCUCAUGCCUCCAUCAUAAGACUGAACCAGGCCAGCAUGGAUAAGCUCUAUGACCUGAUGACUGUGGCUUUCAAAUAUCAAGUAUUGAUGUGUCCCCGUCCCAAGGAUGUGUUGCUGGUCACUUUCAAUCAUUUAGAUGCCAUCAAGGGAUUCAUCCGCGACUCCCCAACCAUCCUGCGUCAAGUGGAUGAGACUUUCCGGCAGCUGACUGAAGUAUAUGGGGGUCUCUCCGCGGGGGAGUUCCAGCUGAUCCGGCAGACGCUCCUCAUCUUCUUCCAGGACCUGCACAUCCGGGUGUCCAUAUUUCUAAAGGACAGAGUUCAGAAUUCUAAUGGUCGCUUUGUGUUGCCCGUGUCUGGGCCUGUUCCCUGGGGAACUGAAGUUCCAGGACUCAUCAGAAUGUUCAACAACAAAGGCGAAGAAGUGAAGACAGUAGAAUUCAAGCACGGUGGGAACUAUGUCCCGGCACCAAAAGAAGGUUCUUUUGAGCUUUAUGGAGACCGAGUCCUGAAACUGGGAACUAAUAUGUACAGCGUGAACCGGCCUGUGGAAACCCAUAUGUCUGGAGCAUCAGAGAACUUAGCUUCGCGGACACAGGAAAGCAUUGCUCCAAACCCUCUUGCUAAAGAAGAGCUGAAUUUCUUGGCCAGGCUGCUGGGAGGGAUGGAGAUUAAGAAACCCAGUGACCCUGAGCCAGGAUUCCGGUUGAAUCUCUUCACCACUGAUGAAGAGGAGGAACAAGCAGCACUAACCAGGCCGGAAGAGUUAUCCUAUGAAGUUAUCAACAUACAAGCAACUCAGGACCAGCAAAGGAACGAAGAGCUGGCUCGGAUCAUGGGGGAGUUUGAGAUCUCGGACCCACCAAGGCGGAGCGCCAGCAAAGGAGAUGAUUUACUUGCCAUGAUGGAUGAGUUAUCGCUGUGCUGACCAGGCGCACCCCUCCCCUAUGGGAGAGGCUGCCUGAUGAGGACCCUGGGGGAUGCCCCAGGGAGCAAAACGAUGCUGCUAGUUUUCUACUGGGUGAAGCCGUCACCCCUUGUUCCUGUCUAUGUUGUAACGAACUGUGCAAGUCUCCCUCUGGGAGCACACUCUCUGGAAGGCGCACACAUGCACAUAUUUUCAGCAGAAUAUAUUCUGGCUUUUAAAUUGGA